AUGCGUCGUAAAAGUGAUCGCACCGCUACUAAGAAGACAAAACCUUCGCCGGAAAAAAAAGAAAAAAUACAAAAAGUAGAGGUUGUAGAGUCGCCAAAAGAACUCCCUCCAAAAUCUGUAAAAGAGGAUAGUCCUGAAGAAUCCCAAGAGCAGGUUUGGCAUGUUAAGGCUACCGAAACUUCGGGUGAUGUUGGUGAAAUAAAAAAGUUGAAAAUAUGUCUUGCUCGUCCUUCGUCCACUCCAGAAAGAGUGGAUAGGUCACCAAGAAGUAAAAGGAAGCAUUCUCGGGCCACGAGUUCCAGUGAUACUCCAAGUGUUGAGAGUGAAGAUAAAAAAAAGUCGAAACAUCGUUCCAGACGAGGCGCAGCCGAGGCAAAAGAUAUAACUUCAGACAAAAACCAAGACAGUCAAGGUGAUGAAGCAGAAGUUGAAGCGCCACUUGUAGUUCCAACAGUAUCAGAGUCUUCAGCAGUUUGUAAGGAGUCAAUGAGUGUCGAAAUUAUUGUUGAUGAAACUCCUAUGUCAACGACCAAUGAGGAUGAAAAAGUUGAGACAACAAUUUCAGAAACUGUUACUCAAAACGAACCUAAAGAUAUUGAGACAUCAAAACUGGAUGUACCGGUUAAGUCAUCUGAUGCUGAUACAACAGUGCUAUCACCUAAACCACAGGUAGAUAAUGACAAUGUGGAAAAAGAAAUAUCUGGAAUUGAUGAAAAGCGUUUACCUGAAGAGAAAAGCAGUUCUAUUGAUGAAGACGUUAAAGAAACACCUUCAAAAGAAGAGGUUUCUGAAAUAGGAAAAGUAUGUGAGAGUGAAGAGAAUGUUACACAUGAGAAGGAAAAGGAAAUGGAUAGUGAAGAACCUAUUGUAUCGUCUGAAGUUGAAACGGAAAAGGUUGAGGAGGUGGAAGAAAAUACUAAAGAAGAUAAAAGCCCUUCUGAAGAGAAAAUAUUAAAAGAACAAACACCAAACGAUUUAAAAGAAGAGGCAAAAUCUGUAUCUCCAAAAAAGAUUGAUAGUCCUGUAAGGAAACGCAGUUUGUCUACUGAGAAAUCUGAAAUUUUGGAAUUGCAUGCAGAGGAAAGUCGGUGUGAUUCAACAGAAAUGUGUUUGAAUGAAGCUCAGGAAAAUGAGUCACAAGACAAUCGGCUAAAAGAGGUUAAUGAUGUGGUAUCGAGUGAGGUAAGUAUUAAUGAAACUUCAACUGAAAUUUCAGAGAACACCACUUCUAUCAAGGAUGCUGUAAGUACUAAUGAACAUAAUGUUGUAGAGAGCUCUAAAAAAGUAGAAACUAUAAAGCAAUCAGCUGAUACUGCAGUUGAUAAUUCUCAUGAAAAAGCUGAUAUGGAUGCCGAAGUUGUUACAAAUUGUCCUGCGGCAGCCGCAACUAGUGAGCCAUCGAACACGGUCAGCCAUGACAUUCACAAUGGACAGGCUACACCAUCAGUAACAAGUCGGAAAAGACGGUGGGGAUCUCGUCCAAAUAGACUAACAACUCAGAAGUCUAUCACCAUUUCUACUGAUAUUCUUAAAGAAAUUAUACCCGAUGUGAAGCCAACGGAGUUUGACGAAGUUAUCGAAGAAACAAAACAUAAAAGAGUGGAAGUAUCAGAAAAAGUAGAGAGACCAGUAUUACCAAAAAUUGUUAUUGAUAAUACGGAAAUUGUUGAAAAUGCUAAAAAGGAUAACAGGGUGGAUGAAAGAGACAAAGAAAAUGUUAAAUCAAGAGACACAAAUCUGGCGACAUCAAGAAAAAUAUCCAUAGUGAAGGAAAAUGACAGUAUAAUUGCAAGGCCACCGAGCCCACCGAGGCAUAAACAGUCAAAUAUACUAUAUAUAACUAAUCUAGUGAGACCCUUCACAUUGCUCCAGCUAAAAAAUUUGUUACAAAGGACAGGGAGAAUAAUGGAAAACGGAUUUUGGAUCGAUAGAAUAAAAUCCAAAUGUUUUGUGAAAUAUGAAAAUGAAGACCAAGCCAUAGAAACUAGGCAUGCCUUGCACGGUGUAACAUGGCCUGUGUCGAAUCCAAAAACAUUACAUGUGGACUUCUCAACAGAGGAAGACUUUAAUAAGGCUCAAGAGAAUGUUGGAACAGAAAAUACACAAACUUCAACCAUUCCUGGCACGGUGGAAGAUUGGCUGAGGGAGCAAGAUAUGAAGAGGGAAAAGGGAGAUGUGCAAAAACCUUGGGAAAGGAAGGCGGCGAUGCGUGAAUGGGAUAUGGGCAAGAAUGACAAAGAUAAGGAAGUUUCAAGACCGGAGAAGACUGUCCGAGAGGAAAGACCUCUUGAGAAAAGAAGACAUCGGACACCAGAAAGAAGUCCUGAACCGGCAAGGAAAUUUAAGAAGAAGGAAGAGGAAGCACCAGCCAAAUUAUUAGACGAUUUGUUUAGAAAAACAAAAACCACACCCUGCAUCUAUUGGCUGCCACUGUCAGCUGAAACAAUAGCAGUGAAAGAGGAACAAAGGCGGCAGCACAUGGCCGAGCAUGAGAGACGGUUGCAGGAGCUGCGACGCAACCGCAGACACUAA